ACCCAGGAUCCUCACCAGAUGACUGUCAUCACUAGCACUGUAGUGGAGCUGCUUUGGUUGGAAUUUAAAGACAUGAAAAUUCUUUGGGAGGUAGGAAUAUUUUAAAGCACAUUUGUAACAUGCAUCAACUCUGAACCAAACCCAGCCAAAAAAAAAAAAAACCUACUUAAAAACCCUGAAAAUAACCUAGUGGUAAUUGCAUUUUUAAUACUGUAUAGUUUUUUUUUGUGGAGAAUGAGGUAGCUGGCCUGUGGACCAAAUUUUAGAAAGGUCUGAACUGUUGUCCAUAACAGAAUGUAAAAGCAUGGUAGGCCUAAUGGGGACUACAAAAAUAUUUUGUAAAGCAUUAUUGUAACUAAUAACAAUACAUCUCUUAAUGUUUCAUUAGUGUCUAUUUAUCAAUUUAUAAAAUGUUUUUGUUGAUUAUUUUGAAAUUACUCAAAUAAUCUCCAUAUAUAUUUUUAAAUUUACACUGUGUGGCAUUAUGGUGUCAUAUUUACCAAAAUAGUUAACGAAUUUUAUUUUUUAAAGAAAAUCUACUUUAAAAUUAUUAUUGUUACAGAGAAACAAAGAAAUGAUGGAAUCAGCAGUUACUGCUCUUGGAAGUCUGCCCAACCUUAAU